AUGACCUUUGGCAGUAUCCUCGACUCCAUCCAAACCAACCCUAGCACUGCGGUCAUCGCCCAAACCAAUGGCUCAACAGACUGGCUGUGGGCAGCGUUUGCUGUCCUCCUGCUCACGGAUAUUCUUGUCGUCCUGUUCAACUUCAAGAGGGUGAACAACUACCUCCUCCACCAACUCGCCAUCAUCAUCCUUACGACCGCAUCCGUUGCGUACUUCUCCAUGGCUUCGAACUUGGGCUCUACUCCCAUCGCUCCUGAGUUCCACGGCGAGGGUCCUGGUGCGACGCGCGCGAUCUGGUAUGUGCGCUACAUUAUGUGGUUCAUCAAUGCGCCUGCCCUGCUCCUCAUGGUCUACGUCGGCACCGGCUUCCCCUUGGGCAGCGUGUUUACUGCACUCUUCAUGACUGUCGUGACCGUUGUCUGCGGUCUCGUCGGUGCUCUUGUUCGCACUUCGUACAAGUGGGGAUACUUCGUGAUGGGCGUGUUCUCGCUCUUUUACGUCAUCGGCCACAUGUGGGCUGCGCCCAGCCGCAUUGCCUUCCCCAGCCCCACUGGUCGUACCAUUGGCGCGUAUCGCGGUUCUGCUGGUCUCCUCAGCUUCCUCGCUCUCCUCUACCCUCUCGGUUGGGGUCUCUGCGAGGGCGGCAACGAAAUCGGUGUCGUCGGCGAGAUGAUCUGGUACGGUGUUCUCGAUGUCCUCAUCUUCUCUGGCUUCGUCACCUACUUCCUGUGGGCUCACCAUGACGUCGCCCUCAACGGCUACCAGCCCUCCACCAACGCUCGCAUGACGAAGGAGGCCGAGGCCGGUGUCACGGCUUAA